AUGACUGACAGUGUUAUUUAUUCCAUGUUAGAGUUGCCUACGGCAACCCAAGCCCAGAAUGACCACGGACCACAGCAAAAAUCUUCCUCUUCCAGGCCUUCUUGUUCUUGCCUUGUGGCAAUAGCUCUGGGGCUUCUGACUGCAGUUCUUAUGAGUGUGCUGCUAUACCAGUGGAUCCUGUGCCAGGGCUCCAACUACUCCACUUGUGCCAGCUGUCCUAGCUGCCCAGACCACUGGAUGAAAUAUGGUAACCAUUGUUAUUAUUUCUCAGUGGAGAAAAAGGACUGGAAUUCUAGUCUGGAAUUCUGCCUAGCCAGAGACUCACACCUCCUUGUGAUAACGGACAAACAAGAAAUGAGCCUGCUCCAAGUUUUCCUCAGUGAGUCCUUUCGUUGGAUUGGUCUGAGGAACAAUUCUGGCUGGAGGUGGGAAGACGGAUCACCUCUAAACUUCUCAAGGAUUUCUUCUAACAGCUUGGUGCAGACAUGCGGUGCCAUCAACAAAAAUGGUCUUCAAGCCUCAAGCUGUGAAGUUCCUUUACAGUGGGUGUGUAAGAAGUGA